AUGUCGUCAACCGCCAAACUUCGCGCGUGCUUGCGAUGUCAUUUUGCGCAGACUGCAGCGGAAUUCCAUGCUAAGGGCUGUCCCAAUUGCCAAGAUAUGCUUGAUAUGCAAGGCAGUCAGGAGCGAGUCGCUGAUUUUACUACCUCGAACUUCGAUGGGCUUAUAUGUAUGCUGCGCCCUGAGGAAAGCUGGGUUGCAAAGUGGCAACGCAUUGAGAAACGCAUGGUAGGCCUCUAUGCGGUGAAAGUCGUAGGUCGGCUCCCCGAGACUCAAGACUAG